UCAUCCGUCCUUUUCUCAUAUGGAAAUACACAACCAGCACCUUGCAACAGUCAGAUCUACUGCACUGGAGAAGUCCUGAGAUAGGUGCAAAUAGCUAAACUCUUUGGUGAUGACAAGUACUUUGUAGAUAUAAAGCUGACUGCAGCUCCUGAGGUUGUUGUGGAGGCUUUUGCUAAUCUUACCACUGAGUUUCAUAUAUACUUUGAAGUGCCAGGUAAAGAAUUUGAGAUGUGGACUCCUACAGACUGGCAUUCUAACCCAACAAUCUUUUCCAGAAUUUCUGACCAAAAGUAAAACAGCUGGGCUGAAGAACUGCAUGGAUUGUGGAAGUCAUUAGGUCGAAAGAUCUGUGAUGUCGGAGACCACCCGGAGCUGUACUUGCAGAUUUACACCCCACACCUUGUUGUUGUGCCAGGUGGACACUUCAGGGAACUCUAUUAUUGUGACUCAUAUUGGGUAAUACAUGGUCUCCUUUUGUCUGAGAUGACUGAAACAGCUCGAGGAAUGAUCCUGAACUUCACGUACUUGGUGGAAAGGUACGGCUUUGUCCCAAACGGAGGCCGAAUUUAUUACGAGUGGCGGAGUCAGCCUCCAUUCCUUCCCCCAAUGGUGGAAAGCUUUGAGGUCACAAGAGACAAAGACUUCCUCAGGCAAGUUUUGCCAGCACUAGAGAAAGAGUACAGCUUUUGGAUGCAGAAUCACUCUCUUGCUGUGGAGGUGAAUAGAGUGAAGCAUAUCCUAAAUCGUUACAAUGUACAGACAGAUGUUCAGGAGAAACUGUGGAUAGAACUAAAAACUGGAGUGGAGUCGGGCUGGGAUUUCUCUUCUCGUUGGUAUAUUGACAGCACGGGCUGAAGCAAUGGCACCCUGCGUGACACAUAGACCAGCUCCAUCCUGCCUGUUGAUCUCAGUGCCAUAAUCUGUCGCAAUGAGCGUCUAUUGGUGUCUUUCCACAGGAUUCUGGGAAAUGAGCACAAGGCAGUGGAAUAUGAGCAGACAAUUUCUGCUAGAAUUAAGACGCAGAAAGGAGGCUGGUUUGAUUUUAGCCUAGUAACCAAGACUCAACACUUAGCCUUCUACCCAUCUAACCUGGUACCUCUAUGGGCACGCUGUUACUCUAGACCUGAGAUGGCAGAUCAGGCUGUACAGUACCUAAGCAAUAGUGGAGGUCUGGACUAUCCUAACGGGACUCUCGCCUCUCUGAGUGAGAAUGGGCAGCAGAGGGACAUGCCUAAUGCCUGACCUCCUCUUCAACGCAUAAUUAUAGAGGGGCUCUCUGGGCUCGAUUCAGCCCACGCUAAAGAGCUCGCCUUUGUUUUGGCCCAAUGGUGGAUUCAGACCAACUGGCAGGCGUAUGUCAAAUAUGAGGCCAUGUUUGAGAAGUAUGGUGUCAACGGUGUUUGAAAGCCUGGAGGAGGUGGCGAGUAUGAAGUUCAGUUGGGAUUUGGAUGGACCAAUGGUGUUGCUCUGCAGCUGCUUAACCAGUACAGUGAUAGGCUGAGCUCUGUAGGGUGUUUCCUGAGUGCUAGUGUUCUGACUGGACUCAUGUAUCCCACCUUAACUCUGCUGUUAUCCUGAUCCUGGGAAACUCUGGAUUUUCUUUGUGCCCCGACAAAAGUACAGAAGCACAGAUUUCAUCCCCAAAUAAAAAGUGAAUAAGAUAUCAUAAAGCACUUAAAUAAUUUGACACCUUUUUUAGUACCAUUUGAGUUUAUUUUUUUUAUUUUUUUUGCAUUGUAAAUUUUUAUUACAAUAAAGCACUUUAUUUCUUCAACUCCUUUCCCAAUUAACAUACUAAAUAAAAAACAUUACCAUCACCCUUCUCAUUACUGUGAGUAAAAAUCAAAUAUUUACAAUGUAUUGUACAUCAUGGUAGUGUUUGUUAUAUUACCUGUCUUGAGAUGCAUGCUGAUUGAAAUUAAGAAAAAUCAUUGUAUUACAGAGAUUUUACAGUAAUACAGUAAAAAAACAAAACAAAAACAAAAAAACAUUGUAAUGAUAUACCAUUGAGAAUAUAAUAUAUAAUAUAACUCAAAUAUAAAAUGUCUAGAUACAUUAUGGUAAUGAAAAUUUGGUCUGAAAAUGUGCUUAAUUGUCAUGAAAAUAAUGUCAAAAAAUGGAAAUAGUCAUUAUAGUCAUAUGCUUCAAUUUAUGCUUUUUAAAGAAAAAAGUCAGCACACCACAGAUCCAAUGAAUGAACAAUUUAACAAUCCCACCUAUUGAAUGAUUAUUCCUUGGAGCUCUGGUGUGCCGACUAUUUUCUUGAAAAAAUUAAAAAUCCCAUUUACCCUU